AUCCCCCCAACCAGCUUAUAUAUUACAUAUGGCGUCGUCUCGACCAUGCGAAAGCAUUGAUCUGGUUUAUAUGAAAUCCGUGUCUGGGAGGGAUUAUGGUAGAUAGUACCUAGUCAGGAUCCUUGUAAAUCAAGUGGCCCCCUGUUCAGCCCCAAAGUAACAGAUUAGGCCCAGGACUUACUUACUUAGAUAAAUAGCCGCCUUCAGCUUAGAGGUAAAUCUUCUGGUACGUCAUCUCUACAACAUUCUGUCAUUGCGGUUGCUCAAUCCCAUGCUGCAAUUGCAAGAGAAGCCUUCAAUAUAGACUUUCCCCCAGAUAGACCCAAUACACAAUUUUGGCAUGCAUUUUCUGACAAGCUUCCGUGGCCAUUGACCAUGUCUGCAGACCUCUUUGCUGCUUUCGACGACUUCUCACAACCCCCUCCACAACAAUCCCAAUCGAAACCUCCCCAAGCUCAACCCCCGUCCGCGCCGCUUUCCUUCGCGUCGCCUCUGAACCCAACCAUCGCCAGAUCCAGCGGCCAUCAAUCGAGCCAGUCAUUCUCGGCUUCGAGCCAGUUCCAGCAUGACUGGUUGUCGCCCCAGCCUUCGCCGGCCUUCAAUACCCGGCCCGCAUCUAUAGCCACUAGUUCUUUUGCGAACAAUCGGUUGAUACAUAAUGACAAUACCGAAGAUGAUGAUGAUGGAUGGGGGGAUUUUGAAGUUGCGCCAAAUACGGCUCCCUCACCUAAGCCCUCACAAUUGGCUUCCGCAUCGCCAAACCCAACCGCCAUGAAACCACCAACUCCAGCGCCACCAACCGCCGGUGUUCGGCCGCAGCGAGCAAGAGUCGUGAGAGCCUCAACCCUAGAUAUGUUUUCAAACAACCUCACUGCUUAUGAUGAAAGCUCAGCAUUGCCUAGCCCACAAACGGAGCUACCAAAGUCUAAACUGCACAAAAUGACUACCGCCAAUGCCGACCCUAAUGUGUUAUUCGACGCCGACGAUUUUGAUGGAGAACAAGACAUCGAGGCAAGUGACGAUGAAGAAGAUGAUUUUGGAGAGUUUGAAACAGUGGCACCACAGCUCUCUCCGGAUCUUCUGCCAAGCGUACCUUCAUCGAAAAUAGAGACGGUUAAAAAGGCUUCCGAGUUAUUGUUAGACUUAGACAUAAAUGAGCCAACCCCUGAUCCUGUACCAGCAACGCAAGUAAACGUCGGUCACGCAUAUUCUAAAAGCCAAAACGACGGGUUAGGUAAAGUGAAGUCAUUUGGGAAAACGGUGCAACCUCAGAAAACACAAUCCCGACCCAAGCCUCGAGCAUUCGAAGAUGAUUGGGAUUCCUUCUCUGAUCUACCGAAGCAGCCGGCGCAGUCGCCACCCAAAAAGAUAGUUGAGUCUUCUUGGGACUGGGACUCGGUAGAGCCUCCUGCAACCACCAAACCUAAGAACCUUGCAACAAAAAACCAUUUGCCGCCGACCAAUGCAGUUCCCGCAAAUGAGGAUGCAUCGUGGGACUGGGACCCAGUUUCGGUCGAUACUCAGGCUGAACCUCCCGCCGAGACUGAAGAUGGAGCCCUACCCCCGGUCAACAUCCCACCACCAUCGAUUCUGCUGUCGGCUUUUCCACAAUUAUUCGAGCAAGCUAACGAAUAUCUGUAUAAGCCCGUCAGCGGACAGUCCCAAAGCAUCAAAGAGCGCGUCUUAUCGGAUCCCAAGGUAUACGACUUUCUAAAAGGAUAUCUACUCCUCGCCAUCGUGGCAGCCCGCAUCAUCGCAGGUCGAAAGAUGCGAUGGCACAGAGACAAGUUCCUCUCCCAGAGCAUGUCUAUCUCCGCAGCCGGGAGCAAGGGGAUGAAGCUCGCCGGCGUGAACAAGUCCGAGACGACACAGGAAGACCGCGAGGCGGCCGAUGUCGUAAGCAAUUGGAAGAGUCAAGUUGGCCGUCUACGGUCCGCCGUGGCAUCUGCGAAUAAGGGCACUGGAGCACAGCUGAAGAUUCCUGAAAUCAGCGACAAUAUGCAAGUUCAAACUGCCAAGGAUGUCCCGACGGCGCCGAAAGCAUGUGUUAUAUGCGGUCUCAAGAGGAAUGAGAGACUACCCAAGGUCGAUCAUGAGGUAGAGGAUAGUUUUGGCGAGUGGUGGCUUGAGCAUUGGGGUCAUGUUGAUUGUAAGCGUUUCUGGCAACAGCAUGAGAAUGCCCUCAGACAGAGAUGAGUGGGCCGGGCCGUGGGAUAAACUGGCACUGGCACCCGAUACAGCGACCCGUUUGAGUGAUCGGUGACACAUGAUCUCGUGACUCUGUUGUUGUCAACCAUGGUUCAGUAGCAACUCGCUCAACAACGCAGUAACAGAGAGUAUAUUUCAUCUCGUCAAGAUAUAACGGACACUACAUCCAUGCCCUUCCAAGAGUACAUGUCAAAAAUCUCAUUACGCGAAGCGUCUUCUGCAAUAAAACCAACCAGGUACUUGCCAAGGUGCGAUUUACGGUCCAUAGACUUAAUCCCAAUCGACCAAACAACCAAUGAUGUUAAAAGGUCUCUAGCUUUUGCUGUUAUUGGACAGAAAAUCGCGUGUAUAUAUGCAAAACUGCGGGCCUGCUUACUUCUAGAGCAAUGGGUCAUGCAUGAGUUGGGUGUAAGAACGAUUCACAUACAUGUACAUAUGAAUACACGAUGGUGUGCCUCGGUCUAUUCGUCUUGGGCAAACCGGAUUGCACAUGAGUUCGAACUGUAAGCAAUUAAUCUAGCC